AACAGUAAGGGUGUCCUGACACCUGAAAGCGUGUGACAAAAUUUUACAUUCUUUGUUAUGUCUAUUCUAUACUUCGUCUGUGAUUAUGGAAAGAAAAUAAAAAGGAACACGUGUUUUAUUUAUCCAUUCGUAUUUAUUUGUACUUUGUUGGUAUAAUUGUAAGUGUUGCGGAAAUGAUAAGAGGUCAUGUAACUUUUUGGCCGUGUGACAAAAAUUGACAUCAAAUGUCCAGUCUAUCCUGUUUCUCGUCGAUGCUAUCGAGUUUCUCCGUUUCCUCACAGGUAAUGGCCGGUAGUAAAUGAUAGAGAUAUACAUUUGUAAAGAACUGGCAACGUUGGCUGGGUAUGAUACCUGAAAAUCCCGAUAGGAGCUUCGUGUUUCUGCAAGUACUCGAUUUGAGUAAAUAGUGGCAAAGCCGUGGGCAAUGGAUGCUUUAAGUAUAUUAAUCACAAUAGGUCUCAUUCACUGUUCACUAUUCUUUUUUGACACAAUUUUUAAGACAUGUUCACAUUAUCCAUACAUUUACUUUUUGAAAAAUACUGGUAUAGAAAUUCAAGUACUACGGAUAAAGUGGAUGACAACAUCAUUUAAUCGUAGGAUAAGAAAAUGGGGAAUGACACGAUCCAAAUUUUGGAAUGCUUGGUUCAAUGCAGGGGUUGUUGUUACUAUUAUCCUUCUUCCUGUGGCCACAAUUGGAAUAUUAAAAAUGACUUUCAAUAUAUGGAUGAAUGGGCCAUCACUUGACAAUAAUAAUUCUGAACUUACCCUAGAACCAAUGCUACCUGGUAUUAAUAUGCCUUUGAGUGAAUUUGGAUAUUUUAUUGUUACAUUAGUAAUAUGUUGCGUUGUGCAUGAGUUAGGACAUGCAUUAGCAGCAGCAAGAGAAGGUGUGCAGUUAUUUGGUGUGGCAGUACUAAUUAUUUUCAUAAUACCUGUGGCCUGUGUAUAUAUAAGUAUCGUGCAACUUCGUCAGUUACCAUUAAAAAAUCAGUUGCGAGUUACAUGUGCAGGAAUUUGGCAUAAUGUUGUACUUGCAACAAUAUCUGCAAGUAUUCUUAUGUUGUCUACAUGGCUGUGGGCACCAUUCUACUUAUAUGGUAAUGGAGUUUAUGUAAAAACUAUUUUACCUAAUUCCUCUUUACUGGGUCCAUCGGGACUUUUAGAUCAGGAUAUAAUAUAUAAGAUAAAUGAUUGUCAUGUAAGACAUAGUGAAGACUGGACUGAUUGUAUUUUAAACACGAUAAACCAGCCUGCUCUUGGAUAUUGUGUUAAACAGUCACUUAUUCAGGAGUAUGAUGAAUCGAUUCCAUCUAGACAGAAAUCUAAUGGUGCUGUGAAUUGUUGUACAUCAGACAGUGAAGCUAGUGGAAGUCUGUGUUUUGAAUACAUUGAGGGACCACAAGCUGCUCCUCUUCAUUUACCUCCACACUCUUGUCUUCCAGUUAGAACUAUAACUAAUCACUCACAAAAUUACUGUCAUGCAAGUAACGAAUGUACAUUUCAUGAUACUCAUUGUCUGAGGCCUUCUCUUGACAAUAUUAGUAAGAUUGUUCAGAUACAAAGAAUACAAGGAAAGGAUGUUCUGUUUUUUGGCCACCCAGCAGAUAUUUAUCAUACAGUUGAUGUAUCUGAUUGGAUACCUAAAUAUUCCUUUCUUAAUCCUAAAUUACCAGAGGCAUUAGUGAUUCUUUGCAAGUAUAUUACUAUGUUUUCUGCAGGACUAACAAUUGUUAAUGUUCUGCCUUGUUUCUUUCUGGAUGGGCAAUACAUUAUAGAUGCAUUUGUAUCUUAUUUAUUAAAAUAUACACGACAAAAUAAACAUGUCAAACAAACAAUUGUAAUAACAUUAACAAGUAUAGGUACAUUGCUCCUUAUUAUUAAUGUCUUGUAUUCACUUAUGAAUAAAUUAUUAUAAGUAAUAAAAACAAAU